AUGGUGCGCCCAAAGACCAACUCGAUUAGACCAUCGCUCCAUCCCGCCGCCUCAGCCGCGCUCGAAUCCUCAACCCCGCCGCUCAAAUUCACCUUCAACCCCAACAACACGGACGAAGGCUGCAUCAAGUCCUACGACACAAACAUCAUGGGCAAGUUCACAUGCCACAACCUUAAAUGCCCCAACGACGGCCGCAAGAACGUCUGGACCAGCAAAAAAAUCGCAAUCACUGUCCGCCUAUAUCGCGACGAGAAGUACAACGUUCGGGUCUAUCACCAGCACUGCAAGCUGUGCCAUUGGGUUUGGAAGCCCAAGUUGGAUGAGGGGUGUUAUGCGGCGCGCAUUGUCUAUCGUUUGAAAACGUGGAGUGGAUGCAAGCAUAUGGAGGUGCCUCCGUAUAGGAAGGGGAAUGGUAAGGGACCACAUAUUAGCAAGCUGUGUGAGGGGUGCAAGGCGGGACAUUGUACAGCGUUGGGUAGGGGCAGAAAGGAGGAAGACAAGUCGGAGGGGGGCUCCAGCUGGACUCACAUUUCGGGUUAG